GUGACGGUUCCAGUCGAAGGAGACUGUCGGCUGACCUUGUAUACAUAGCUAGCGAGCAUGUUUAGCUGUUGAUAAUUUGCUACAUUUAUGAAAAAUAGUGUCGCCUUACCAGGAUGAGUAAAUUUAUCCUGCCCGCGUCUGUAUUCGGGACUGUUUUUGGGUGCGCUGUGUUGCUCAAGAACCACCUGACCGGAGGCCCCUGCCCCAGUAAAGCUAGGCUCCCUGGCAAGACAGUGGUCAUAACUGGGGCAAAUACCGGAAUCGGGAAGGAGACGGCCCGUGAGCUUGCUCAGCGAGGGGGGAGGAUUAUUAUGGGCUGUCGGGACAUGGAGAAAUGUGAAGCCGCCGCUUGUGAAAUCAGAGGCUCUACACUGAACCCCCACGUUUAUGCACGACACAUCAACCUGUCCUCAGUCAAAUCCAUACGGCGCUUUGCUGAGGAGAUCAACCGGGAGGAGAAGAGCGUGGACAUCCUGAUCAAUAAUGCUGCUGUCAUGAAGUGUCCUCCAGGGAAGACUGAGGAUGGCUUUGACAUGCAGUUUGGAGUCAACUACCUGGGCCAUUUCCUCCUGACCAAUCUGCUGCUAGACAAGCUGAAGGACUCUGCCCCCAGUAGGGUGAUUAACCUAUCAUCUUUGGUGCACAUUGUCGGGGAGAUUGAUUUUGAGGACCUAAACUGGGACAGGAAGAAGUUUAACACUAGGAAAGCAUACUGUCAGAGCAAGCUUGCCAUUGUCCUAUUCACACGAGAACUCGCCCGCAGACUUGAGGGUACGGGGGUGACGGUAAACGCCCUGCACCCCGGCGUUGUUGCCACGGAUCUGGGCAGACACACUGGCAUGCACCAGUCUCAGUUCUCCAGCACCGUACUCAGCCCGAUUUUCUACCUGUUCGUAAAGUCCCCUGUGCUUGGAGCGCAGCCUAGUGUCUACCUGGCCGUUGCCGAGGAGCUUGAGGGUGUGACUGGCCGUUACUAUGAUGUGAUGACUGAGAAAGAGCCUGCACCCCAGGCCUUGGAGCAGGAAGUGGCGGUCAGACUUUGGAACAUCAGCGCAUCAAUGGUUGGCCUAAACACCACCGUUCCUAUGCCAGCAUCUUCUUCAAAAGCUGUAACCUCCACAACAGACCCAGCUGCAGCCGCCUGUGAACAGCCUCUUGCCAGCCCCACAGAAACUGCUGCUAUGACAAUGGCAUAAGACUGACAGGACCCCAUGCCCUUAAAGAGUCAAAUGACAUUCUCCCAGAGACUGAACCAAAACACUGCACAGGAUACUCUGUGGUCUGUGAAAGCUUAUACUAAGACUCACGGCCAACCUAAUCAUGCGCUGCUCUGACUGUAGUUUUUUGUAGAUUUGCUCAGGUUAUACGUCUAAAGGGUGAUGAUCCAUGCUAGAGGUGGUUUCACACUCCCGGACAGAGUGGACUGAAACCUGUCACCUGUAAGAUCUACUUGUCUGAAAACUCAUGAGUGCAUUUGUGUUGUAUAUAAGCAACAUUAAAGAAAACAGGAAGUGCUG